AUGAAAGCCUUGUUUGAGGUGAUUCAUGGGUCGCCACUCCAUGGCAUACGCACUUCAGCUGACACCAUCUGCUGCGGAAAACCAGGACUUGAUAGGCCGGUUAAUGAUGACAGCUUUUCAUCGGACUGCCGACUUGUUCUUAUUCUUUCCUCCAUUCAUAAUUUGUAUCUUUUAUUCUUUCUUUCUCUUUUUAUAUUUCUAACACUUUUUUCCUGGCAUUUCAAUAUUCGUUUGUUUAUUUCUUUUCUUCACUUACCUUUUUUUUCCUCUAAUUUCUCUUAUCUACAAACCAUUUUUCUUUCUUUCUGUCUUUCUUUUUCUUUGCUUUCUUUCGUUUACCUUUUUUUUCUUUUUUUCUUUCUUACGUAUUUUGGAACGCGUAUUUAUUAUUCCUUCCUUCCUUCCUUUCAUAUUUGUCUUUCUUUUUCGUUGAUCAUUUCCUUUUUCUUUCUUUCUUUCUUUCUUUCUUUCUUUCUUUCUUUCUUUCUUACAUAUUUUGGAACGUGUAUUUAUUAUUCCUUCCUUCCUUCCUUCCUUCCUUCUUUCCUUCCUUUCAUAUUUGGUAACUCUUUCUUUUUCGUUGAUCAUUUCUUUUUUUCCCUUUCUUUCUUUCUUUCUUUCUUUCUUUCUUUCUUUCUUUCUUUCUUUCUUUCUUUCUUACGCAUUUUGGAACGCGUAUUUAUUAUUCCCUCCUUCCUUCCUUCCUUCCUUCCUUCCUUCCUUCCUUCCUUCCUUCCUUCCUUAUUUGGUAACAUUUCUGAACUUUUCUUGGCUACAACUACUACUACUACCAAUUUUUUUUAUUUCUGUCUUUCUUUUUCGUUGAGCAUUUUCUUUCUUUCUUUCUUUCUUUCUUUCUUUCUUUCUUUCUUUCUUACAUAUUUUGGAACGUGUAUUUAUUAUUCCUUCCUUCUUUCCUUCCUUUCAUAUUUGCAUUUUCUUUUCCCUUUUCUUUCUUUCUUUCUUUCUUUCUUUCUUUCUUACGUAGUCUUUCUUUCUUUCUCCUUACUUUCUUUACUCAUUUCUUUAUCUCUUUCUUUCUCUUUUUUCGCGUUAUUUUUUGCUCAUUGUUUUAUUUUUUUUGUCUAUAUUACUGUUUUGCAUGCUAUAGUGCUUUCUUUCCUUUCUUCUUCUUUCUCACGAGAUAACAUUCUUUUUUUUUCUCUUCGUCUAAUAUGCAUUUUUUCUUUCUUCUUUCUCCUUAAUUUUUACUCAUUUCUCUCUCUCUCUCUCUCUCUGUCUCUCAUAUAUGCUUUCUUUUUUUCGCAUGGUUUAACGUAUAUCCAUCGCUUCUUUCUUUCGUUCUUUUUUUUUUUUUUUUUUUUGAUAUCGACUAAUGUACAUUCUCUUUUCUUUCUUAUUGACGGAUAUAUAUUCUUUAUUUCUUACUUGGUAAUUUGUAUCCAUUCUUUCUUUCUUUCUUUCUUUCUUUCUUCGACAUUCAUUAAUGUAUAUUCUUUCUUUCUUUCUUUCUUUCUUUCUUUCUUUCUUUCUUUAAUGUCUUUCUUCCUUCCUUUCUUUCUUCCUUCCAUUUUCCCUUUCUUUUUCUUUCUUUCUUUCUUAUUUGGUAACAUGUUUUUAUUCUUUCUUUCUUUCUUUCUUUCUUUCUUUCUUUCUUUCUUUCUUUAUUUCACAUUCAUUAAUGUAUAUUCUUUCUUUCUUUCUUUCAUUCUUUCUUUCUUUCUUUCUUUCUUUCUUACGUAUUUCCUAAUGUGUAUUUAUUAUUUCUUUUUUUCUUCCUUCCUUCUUUCCUCCCUCCCUUUCUUUCUUUCUUACGUAUUUUGUAACGUGUAUCUAUUCUUUCUUUCUUUCUUUCUUUCUUUCUUUCUUUCUUUCUUACGUAUUUUCUAA